AUGUCUUCGAAAUCGACUCUCUGCUCUAUCUUUGGUAUCGAAUCAUCUUCGCGCGUCGAUGCUCAUUACGAAGGUGCUCGUACUCAUCUGUUAAAUUCCAACGAAAUUCUUCGUCGUACUUCCCACGAACAAGAACUAUAUGCGAACUAUAUCGCAGCUGGUGAACCAGCUGGUCCAACUAUUUAUUCAUCGAAAGGUGAACAUUUUACUGAAGUAUGUCCAUCGUUGAAACACUUUAUCGAUCAUGAACUCAAAUUAGAUUUGAAAUAUUUUGGCUAUAUGGAAUAUUCAUUCGGCUUGGAAGAACACCGACAAAUUUUGAAGAAACUGAUGAUUCGUCAUCAUGAACUAGAUGAUGAACUUGUCAAGCCAGAAGAUUUCGAAGUGGGCUGUUUGAUGAACUCGACACGAUUGAUCAUGUUCGAUCUAGAAUGGUCCAAAUAUUUGGACGAACAAAAACCCGAGAAGAUCGAUUUAGUCAUUAUCAAUACACAACAUAAUCCAACUGGAAAACAAUGGUCACUGGAUGUGGUGAACUUUUUAAUGGAUUUAGCAUGGAAACAUGAAAGUUAUCUGUUGAUCGAUGAUGCAUACUAUUGUGUGCAUGAUCCACGUGUUGAAAUCGUCAAUACAUUGAAAAUUUGGUUGAAACGAUUAGCUCAACAUAAGAAUAGUGCAAUGGCUACGCGUUGGCUUCACACUCAUCCAUUUGGUAAACAAUUUAAUUGCAAUGCUCUCGGUAUGGCGAUGAUCAGUUCAUCUCCACAACUGAUGGCGCAGUUGAAUACCUUCUAUUGGCAUCAUAGUUAUUUAAAUGGCUGUGUUAAUGCUGAAAUUCUUUGUCAAUGGUUGAGCAAACAUCAACACGAUGCGGAACAAUUUAUUGUCGACAAUGGUAUGGAAAUUGCACGCAAGAAAAACUUUGUUUGUCAAUUCAUGGAACAAGAACUGAGUUACCCGUCGACGUCACUUUGUACCGGUCCAUCGACUUCCUAUCUAAUAUUCGAAGUACCACUGAUCUACUCGCAAGAUUCCACGAAGAAGAAAUCCGAAAUUGCCGAACAAUUCUCCGAUGAUCUCUAUUAUGCCACUGGUGUUAUGUUGAGUGGCGAUAUGUUUACUCAUGCUGAGGUAGCAGCCUAUGUUCGUCUGCAUCUAGGAUCGGAUCCAGCAAAUAUCGAAGAAAUUCUUCGUCGUUUCAAAGCAGCAGGAUUGAACUAUCAUAUGAAACAUAACAAAAAAACAGCCGAUACUAGCCGAGGUAGUAUUGCUGGAAUAUCAAUGGACAAUCAAGAGAAAUUACUUGCUGAGUCCUUACAAAAUGUUCGACAACAUGCAUUUGCAAUGAAACGUGUUCUUGAUCAACAAUCAGUUAUGGAAGGACUUAAACAUGCUGCUAAUAUGCUUGGUGAAUUACGUACAUCACUUUUAUCACCUAAAAAUUAUUAUGAAUUACACGUUGUGGUUGUUGAAGAACUUCAUCAUCUUGAACUUUAUCUUACUGAUGAAUUCGAACAUGGACGUGGUAGUCAUGAUCUCUAUGAAGUUGUACAGUAUGCUGGCAAUAUUGUUCCAAGAUUGUAUUUAUUAAUUACGAUUGGUCAUGUUUAUAUACGAGCAAAUGAAUUACCUCGUCGUGAAGUACUUCGUGAUUUAGUUGAAAUGUGUCGUGGUGUUCAACAUCCGUUACGUGGUUUAUUUCUUCGAAAUUAUUUAUUACAAUGCGCAAAAAGUUUAUUACCGGAUACGGAAGAAGAAAAUCAAGAAGAAAAUAAAACAGGAACAAUUCUUGAUUCGCUUGAUUUUAUUUUAUUAAAUUUUUCCGAAAUGAAUAAACUUUGGGUACGAAUGCAAUAUCAAGGACAUACACGAGAUUUAAACCGCCGUGAACAAGAACGCCGAGAAUUACGUAUUUUAGUUGGAACUAAUUUAGUACGUUUAAGUGAACUUGAAUGUGUUAAUGUUGAACGAUAUAAAACAAUUGUACUUCCUAAAAUUAUGGAACAAGUUGUUAGUUGUCGCGAUGCAAUUGCGCAAGAAUAUUUAAUGGAAUGUAUUAUACAAGUUUUUCCGGAUGAAUAUCAUCUAAAUACACUCAAUGAAUUCCUUAAAGGUUGCCGUGAAUUAAGUCCUACUGUUAAUAUUCGCAAUAUUCUUAUUUCACUUAUUGAUCGUUUAACAUCUUAUUCAACACGUGAUCAACAAAACAUUCCUGAAAAUAUUCAAUUAUUCGAUAUAUUUUCCGAACAAAUUACUGAAGUCAUCAAAAGUCGUUCAACUAUGCCUUCAGAAGAUAUCGUUGCCUUACAAAGUGCUUUACUUAGUUUAUCAUUAAAAUGCUAUCGUGAUCAAUUUGAAUAUGGAAAUAAAGUACUUGAAAAUACUAGACAAAUCUUCGAUAAUAUUGCUUUGGAUACUCAAGUUACAACGGGUACACAAGCAGCUAAAGAAUUAGUUAAAAUGCUUAAAAUACCAAUUGAUUGUUAUGAUAUACUUGAUGUACUUAAAUUAAAUCAUUAUAAACUUGUUUUACAAUUACUUAGUUAUCGUGAACGACAUACUGUUUGCAUGUAUAUUAUUAAUAGUAUACUUGAUAAAGAAACAAUUAUUCCAACAGCUGAACAAGUAACACAGUUAUUUGAUUUAGUAUCGACAUUAAUUAUUGAUCAGCCUGAUGGUAGUCUUGAACAUUCUCGACAGACAAUAACAAAUGAAGAUUUUGUUGAAGAACAAAAUCUUAUACAUUUAAAAAAUGGUGGUUUAGAACGUAUGCGUUUUACUUAUCCGCCAAUGAUAAUGCAAGCAUAUGCAUUAACUUUUCGUUAUAAAGAUAUUCGAGAACAGGAUGAAAAAUGGGAAAAGAAAUGUCAAAAAUUAUUUCAAUUAUCUAAUCAAUUAAUAAAUACUUUAACAAAAUUAGAAACAAAUGAUCUAUCAUUACGUCUUUAUUUACAAGGUGCAUUAACAGCAAGUGAAAUUCGAUCAGAAAAUGCUGAAACAAUUGCUUAUGAAUUUUUUUCACAAGCUUAUACAUUAUAUGAAGAACAAGCAGGUGAUACACGAGCUCAAUGUGCUUCAUUGACACUUUUAAUAGGUACAUUAGAAAAAGUGAGCUGUUUUGGUGAAGAAAAUCAUUCAACAUUACGACAAUCAUUAACUCAAGCUGCAACACGUUUAGUUAAACGACCAGAUCAAGUUCGAACAUUACUUUUAUGUACUCAUCUAUUUUGGAGUGCACAACGUGUUGAUGAAUCAACACAAAAAUCGGAACAGAUUCGUGAUAGUGAAAAAGUAAUUGCAUGUUUAAAAAAAGCGGCGAAAUUAAUAGCACAAGUAAUGGAUCAAACAGCUCAAGUUCAAUUAUAUAAUGAAUUAUUAAAUUCAUAUAUUUAUUUCUUUAAUCAAAAUCAUCCUGAUAUUGAUAUAAAUGUAUUAAAUACUUUAAUUGAAAAACUUCAAAGUGAUAUAUCAAAACUUGAUUCAACAUCAUCUACAACACAUACAUCAUCUAAUGAUGGUGAUGAAUUUAUUCGUAGUCAAAUACAAAAAACAUUUGAUUAUCUUCGACAACAAUCGCAAUUAGAAAAAUUUCAAGGUCUUCAAAUAAACAAUUAA